AUGGCGUCAUUAUCAUCAAAUUAUGUCAUUGAAUUCAAAAUAGAUGUUAUUAAAACAUUGAAAAUCGCUGGGAUAAGUACAGGAUUGCUAACCGCAAUUGGCCUUGGCGCGUAUUACAUUCAUCGACGUUCACAGACUUCCAAACGAGUUAUUCUACGUGAUGAAGUAAGAAAUAUUCUUCGGCCGUUUCAAUUGACCGAGGAGCAACUUCGUCGUGUUAUGGCGAACCUGAACACUGAAAUGACCAAUGCAUUGAAAGUGGAUGAUUCGACGGAGAACGAUUUGGCAAUGUUCCCGACUUAUGUACAUCAUGGACCGAGUGGAAAAGAAUCGGGAGAAUAUCUGGUUGUCGAUUUAGGUGGUUCGAAUUUUCGUGUUUCACAUGUGUUUAUCGAAGGAAGAAAUCGAAUGCGUUUAAAUAAUAAAAUCUUCCUCAUUCCGCAUUCGUUAUUGUUAGGCGAAGGAGAGAAAUUAUUUGAUUAUAUUGCCGAAUGUUUACAAAGAUUCAUUGAUGAUAACAAAUUAUCGGUUCUCAAAGCUGCAGAUUAUAGAUUUGAUUUAGCUUUUACAUUCAGUUUUCCUUGCCAACAAAAGAGUCUUCGAGAAGCAACGUUGGUGUCAUGGACAAAAGGUUUCAGUUGUACCAGUGUUGUUGGAAACGAUGUCGUACUUAUGUUGCAACAAGCCAUCGAUCGACGAAAGAAUCUUCCAAUUCAAGUUGUUGCCUUGGUUAACGAUACUGUUGGAACGUUGAUGGCUUGUAGUUCGAAUUAUCGUGAUUGUAAAGCAGGUGUUAUCCUCGGCACGGGAAUGAAUGCGUGUUACUUUGAAACUCUUGAUAAUAUACCAAAAUGGAAGGGAACCCGCGAUAAUCAAACGAAACAAGUGAUUAUCAAUACCGAAUGGGGUGCAUUGGGCAGAAACGGUUGUCUGGACUUUAUUCGAACAGAUAUCGAUCGAGAACUUGAUGAGUCGAGUUUGACGCCACAUCAACAAGUUUUCGAGAAAAUGAUCUCAGCCUUAUAUCUUGGUGAAAUUGUCCGUCUGAUCAUUGUUGAUUUAGUACAACGCUCAAUUCUUUUUCCUGGACGUAUGCAAAAAUCACCUAGCAUUCGACCUGAUUACAAUAUAUUUCUCAUUCUAAGAGGUAGUUUCUAUGCAAAACAUGUCGCAGAUAUCGAAAAUGAUACAACGGAUGAUUUAUCAACUACUGCAACAAUUCUCACGUCUAUUGGUAUUCACGAUCCAUCCUAUGAUGAUUGCUUUAUUAUCCGAGAAGUGUGCAAAACUGUGUCACUCCGAGCAGCGAAAUUAGCUGCAGCAGCUAUUGCCGUGUUAAUCAAUCGUCUCAAUAUGUCGUCAGUUACAGUCGCUGUUGACGGCACACUCUUUCGUCAUCACGAACAGUUCAAACAGAAUCUCAGCCGAACUCUAGGCCGACUUGUUCUACGAGCACAUCGCCUUGUUCUUUCCGAAGACGGAUCAUCGAAAGGUUCUGCACUAGUAGCUGCAGUUGACCGACGUUUGAAAACAUCCCCGAUGGCCUAUGAAAAGAAUCUUCCAUCAUAA